AUGCUCCCCAACAUCACCGAGACAGCGUCAUCCUUCGUCCUUGACACGGACGCCAGUGCUUUCGUCAUGGGUAGUGUUCUAUCGCAAGUCGACGGUAACGGCAUAGAACGCGUUAUCUGCUUCGCCAGCAAAACACUCACCAAACCACAACGAAAUUAUUGCACAUCCCGAAGGCAACGGAUUGGUGGAACGAACAAACCGCACACUGAACCAGCUGUUGAAGGCUUUCGUGGAAGACCAUCACCCCCACGACUGGGACAAACGUCUACCGUGUGCCAUGAUGGCGCACCUUGCCAACACGCAUAUGUCAACAGGCUACCAACCCUUCUUUAUGCUAACAGGGUGGCAAUGUCGCCUUCCCGCAGAUUCGCGUUUUCCACAACCCGCCGCAAGCGAAUACGCCCCAGACAACUACGUAUGGCAGCUACAGAAUUGACUACGCUCCACCUACAACCUCGUACGCAACCACCUGGGAGCGGCCGCUGAACGACAAAAAGCAUACUUCGACCGCCAGGUACACGGCAAUACGUACCAACUAGGCGAUCUGCUUUGGCGUUUCCGGCCGGCUUCGCCCUUAGGGACGUCGAAAAAGUUCUUUUACCCGUGGGAAGGGCCGUUCGUGGUCGUCGACGACGACAUACACCCCACCACAUAUGUAUUACGUGAUGCUCCACUCCCCGAUGGACCCACCUUCACCACGUAUUCCGACAAGCUAAGACCGUACCGAGGACGGCUACCCACCGCAACCGCGGAUGUGACACCUAUCGUCCACUUGCCUUUAGUCCCCACCCCAGUAGCUGAAGAAACAGUGGACAGGGAUCCAUCUGAAGAGGGAGUAAGUAAGGCCCAAAAGGCAGGUUUGCCUAAAAGGAGGAAAAACGGACCAGCGGCAAAAAGAGACGGGAGGCUUUAUGUCGUGAUUUGAGUGUGCUUCUUCUCUUUAGCGUUUUCAGAUGUGGACAAAGGGCUAAAUCCGGACACCGUACAGGUCCCCGUGGGUAUCGCGCCACCAGAACCACCUUCUUGCCCCCCGAGCAUCUUCUUUCCUCCGUCUAUUCCCAGAGACUUGCCCGCGCCUCAGACUCUCCUUGUUCUCCCGUUUAUAUACCCCCAUCCUCCCACAGUACACUGUUUACGCGUUGGACUUUCUUUGUCUACUGGGAGCACGCCUACUGUUUUGAGAUCUUGUCUGUUUUCCUGAUGCCAAAACCAAAGACUAACCGUUCAGGAAAGGGAAAAACAACCCGUCUUCAUCUUGCUCCGUCAAAAGAGCUGACAUAAGCCAGGAACUAGUCCCUCAGUCGGGACCCCAGGACGGUCUGUCUACUACAUCCCCACCUCGAAAAUAAUUUGAAGGUCAGGCCGGUGUCAAAGUUCUUCAAAUCCCUGAAGGACAUAUUAUUCAUGCCCCUAAAAACUACCGACCUUCACAAUUCAAGUUUUAUUUUGUACAUAUCGUUCUUUUUUAAAACUUUUGCGAUCAUUUUUCCUUGGAACUCAGUUUUUUAACUUGAAACAAACUCUUAAUUCGCGCUCUAUUGGCCAAACAGCCACCCAAAACAAAUGAAGUCAGAGUGCAGUCGAAACGGAUUAGUUUGUUUUAGGUUUUUUACCUGAGUUCAAAGGAGACUUACAGUGCCCAAGGGGCGCUAUAAUAAACCUAUUCUAUUGAAGUGACCCGCAAUCAAUUGAUACUUAAAGCUUUAUUUGGCCGCAGCAUGAAAUGCCACUGAGAGUAAACAAUCAAAUUUGUCGUUGGCGUUGGAAGGGCGAUAGACACAGUCAACGAGUAAGGAGAACUUAUUUCGCAGUGCAACCUGGAGCCAACAGCUGCAUUUUACCGCGAAAAAAAUGCAGAAGGUCCAGCGGCAAAAAUGUAAGUGUUUGCUUAGCGUAGACGCAACUGCUACCAUCACGGCUUUUUGACGAUCAUUUCGAAUGCAAGUACAGGCUAGAAGGGAGAGUUCAUAGUCAGCUAGGGUGGCUGGUGUCAAUGUCCCAGUUACUAAAACAAUAUCUGGACAAUGGACGAACACAAGAGUCUGAAGCAAAGGCAUCCUAUUUAACAGGGAUCUGACAUUUAAAACAAAAAGUUUGAGGGAAAAGGCUGUCUGUUUCUGAGUGAGGUGGGCUACGUCGUCCAGUGCUUAACUGCCCAUGGAACGCACGGUCCGAAUGCACCCAUCCAGUUCUGCAAAAACUUUGUGGCAUGAAAAGAUUCUUACGUGAUUAAAAAGGACUAGAACAUUGGGACGAAAGGACGGACAGGGAACUGGUGCCCAUUGUUAGUUAGCUAAUUUUCGGCUGGAAAUCCACGGAACGGAUACUGUAACGUAUUCCAGCCGGAUCGAAACUGAGGAGCGGAUGAGUUACCUGACCCAGUAUGGACAUUAGCAUGAGGAAUGCAUUGGUAGAACGGUCGCUAAGGAAACAGGUUGGGGUGGGGGACGCACUGUUUCCAUUGGAGCACGUGUGAUACGGCAGGAGUGAACUGACCGUUUUUCUUUUUGUUUUAUUAAAGUGGCCUGUUUCCGAAAGGGAGUAGUGUGUGUGUUUUUUUUGUGCCUGCAGGAUCUACUGAAGGAGUCCGCACCCCACCCCCUGUAGCAGCCUCCAGCUCUACACUCCCCGUGCUUCAACCAGCCAGCGACCGGGAUUAUAUUGUUAGAGAACCUCCCUUGGACCAGCAUUAGUCUGCGAAUAUUCUUUCCUUCCCCUCCUGUUUUCCGAUUCGUAUACGCUCACUGACGUUCUUCGUUUUUCCUUCCCGUCUCCACUCAUUCAAUACAUUUAUAUAUCAACUAUCUUAGUUGUCUCCGUUACACUCGUUUGUCUGAAGUAUUGCCUGCCGUACGAUGCCAAAAUCCAAAACUGAACCGACAAGCCAACCCGGACCAAACCCCGUUUUAUGUGAUUCUAUUACGACAAAGAACGUUAACCCAGGGCCGGUCUCCCCGACAGGACAGCCAGACGGACCGCCCAUUACACAAGAAUCCUAUUAAAGGGCGGGAAUGUCGGCAUAUUUGGCCUAACCGCCUCGAUAUGAUUGCUUGGGCCGUGGUGUUUGAGGCAGUGGUAGGCGAUUGUGGAGAAAAAGAUUUUAUAAUGGAGCUGAAUUUACUAGGUGUCCGAGUGGCUGAGACGGCAUUUGGAUUCGCCAUUGACUUAGGCACAUGCUUAAGCUUGAUAGGGGUUGCUGGGGGGAAUCGGUAGGGGCGCGUUUAUGCCAGGCGUGUUGGCGCGUUUAAAGAUCUCAGUAUCAAGUGUAAUCGAAUUCCCUACGGAAUUGACUAUGCCGUGACGUACAGAGGCCGCAGAUGAUGAUGAUGAUGAUGAUGGUGGUGAUGAUGAUGAUGAUGAUGAUGGUGGUGAUGAUGAUGAUGAUGAUGAUGAUGAUGAUGAUGAUGAUGAUGAUGAUGAUGAUGAUGAUGAUGAUGAUGAUGAUGAUGAUGAUGAUGAUGAUGAUGAUGAUGAUGAUGAUGAUGAUGAUGAUGAUGAUGAUGAUGAUGAUGAUGAUGAUGAUGAUGACUUAUUCAAACUGACAAUAAGAGCCAUAAUGUCGGUGUUGGUUUUUGACAAUUCCAAUUUGUUCAGUCUUCGUUGCAAUGGUGUGAGGUCCGGCGAGAAGGAUCGGCGCCAGCAUAAUUCGAGAGGACGAGGCGUUAGUGCUGCUGUUCCCUCUUUACUCCGUUUUCCUACCCGGAAUGCUUUCAGGGCUUCUAUUUCCAUGUCUGCCUCGAGUAAUUGGUUUAACUGACCAUGAAAAGAAGAAAGAUCCUCCGAGAUACGGUCUUCAGGUCUGACUGCAUUUGAUCCACACAAGUCCUGAACAACCAGACACAAUUGACGGUCUCGGCACUCUUCAUUUUGUCUUUCCGGUGAAUUCUCUGCAUGGGGACGAGGACAAUUUAUGGAGUCCUCGCUCAGACCCACACUUUUGCUGUCGGCUGAAUGCCCCGAGGAACCCAUCGGGAUUGGUUGUCACUUCAGACUCCUGUUAUGGCGUUUCGCCACCUCAGCCCCCUACCCAGGAGUUCCUGUCUUCGUAACCAAAUGAUCGCCCUAUAGGACACAUGGGGUGCUUGGGAGAACAAGAGAGCAACGGUAGACAGGGUGACCUAGUUAUAUCGCUCAUUGGCAAAAAAAGAAAUCCUGUCGCUUUCAGCAAGAGGAGUAGGCGAGAUGGCCCCCGCGACAAGUAAUAGUUAUGUAGCAUCGCUUAGACCGUCUUUCGUGGAAAUAGAGUCCGCCAUUAUCGGUGGUUUCGUUUUCAUUGUCUUGCGGCUACCGGUACCUGCGCCUCUGCCGGCUGAAUUGCUACCCGUGUUUGGAGAUGCUCCCGAGACGAUAUUUAUCGCGCGUUUUUCGUUUUGCUCCUCGUCUUCUGGAUGUUAACACUGGCAACCUUCUGGUCAUCAAAGUUCUGCUGCACGAGCGUCCUUAAGUUAGCAAGCUCCUUUUCAAGCUGUCUUGCUUUGAUUUGGAUAUAUGCGCACCCACUGCAAGACUUGUCCUCGUACGUCGCGCUUUUCGCGGUAAUUGCUCCAGUAACACGCUUUGCUGAUCGUUGGCUGGAAGCGCAGAUAGAGAGAGCUUAGAUUCUGUAUGCGAGAGACACCUCAUCCAGCUUAUCUUCUAAUGAGCUGACGGCGCCGGCCGUACUAUUAUCGUUAAAUUGCUGAGACUCUAUAAACUUUGGAAUGCGAGAAUAGGUGUAUUUUCGCUUCUGAUGUUAUAACAAACACUUUGGAUUGGGUAUGAAGAAUCGAAGUAGGUAUUUAAAACCCAAUGAAUGAAAAAAUACCUAAAAACUGCUGAAUUGUAUGAAGUUUACUCAGAAACGACUCAGCCGUUUGCAGAUCUCUAAGGUCUUGAUUAAGGUCAGAUCUGGAAGGGUUUUUGGCGAUUGUUUUCCUAGGGUGUUAAUAACCGCGAGUUGGCUGUGUAGUUAGUUGAACUGCGCCGACAAAAGAAUUGUACUUCGUUUUCGUACGAAUUUGGACACGUGAAAAAUAUUUUCAGACAAGCUUCGCUUUUCCACCUUAAGAAGUUUUAUUUUCGCGAGUACGAAGAGGCCGUCCGAUUCUGUCGUUCCUUCUUUAAUCAUGAGUCCAUUUUGGCUUAUUUUCAUCUUUUGAUGUGAUUUCAGUUGCCUGCGUACGAUGUGAUUAUUAAUGUCAGUAGCCUACUUCUUCCCGUCCCUUUGCGAGAGACGGUGAUCGUCUGUUCUCUGCUCUUCUGA